AUGCAGUUUCUGAAGCGGAAACGGACUCGAAGGGCCUGUAGCCCCUGCAGGGAGCGAAAAAGAAAGUGUGAUGGGCUCGAACCUUGCUCCACUUGUUCUGAAUGGGGCUAUGUGUGCCACUAUGAAAUCCUACAACGAAAGCCUCACUCUACUAAGUCCCCAACGCCUAAUUCUCUCCGUGAACUUCAGUCCUCUCCACAGACUACUGCAGGGUCAAGGACUGUUGACAUAAAUCAAUCGGGGCUGGUCCGUCGCUUGGAGGCCAACUCCGGGGCCGCUUUCAUGAGAAAGCUUGGGUUGAAGAUCGAUCCAGCAAAAGCGCCAAAGCUUAACCUUUUUGGUUGGAAUGUUGGCUCCCGGAAAUUGUCUUCUACAGCUCUCCCGAAUUUGCUGAACCAGGCUCUAUCGGUCGUUGAUAUUACCUCGCUUGAGCACACAAAAGCUUUGGCACAGGUCUAUUUUGAUAAAGUGGAUCCGUGCUAUGGGUUCAUUGACCGUCACGAGUUCUUUAGAAGACUAGAAGCACGUUGGAUAUCACCACUGGGACCCGAUGUCUACGAUAGCGUUCUCUCUGGAGUUGCUGCAAUUGGUUGCCUCUUCUCGCAAAAAAAUGCAACAGUCUCAGAAUUGCACUUUGUUCGAACGGCUAAUAGCUGUCUGGAUACGCAUCACCUGAGUGGUCCUCCAUCUGUCGAUCUCAUAACUGGAUGGGUACUGAAGUCCAUUUAUCUUCGCUUAACAGACUCACCAUACUCGACUUGGAUAGCCAGCUCAACUCUUAUGCACCUACUCGAGGCUGCAGGACUUCAUCCCGAAACAACUGAAAGCUCAGUUCUUCCACCGAGUGCUCAAUGUGAUCCCGACCUUCAAAGACGACUGGUGGGCGUUGCACACCACUUGAAUGUCUGGACUUCAUUUGACCUCGGUAUGUCGCGAGUAUCGUUCCAAAAGAACGACCUACCGUCCCCCCCAUCAUCUAAGCCCGGCGACUACACCGACGAAGUUCUAGGCCUUUUGCCAAUUUCCCUUAGUUUAGAUCCAGGGAAGCCAACAGACGAAACCGAUCUCAAUUCAACUCUGGCUAAGCUUCUGGACGGGAAGCACACACAACCUCCCUCCAUUCUCGCGCAAUGCAACCUCGCCCUUUGUAUUCUUCGACGUAUCCAUACCCAGAACAUGGAUAUCACCGCAAGUCUUGCAGACCGAGUAUUGAUCCUCUUGAAGAAGGGACUUGGUUGCGCUAGUAGUAUGGUAUUAGAUUGUUCUCCCUGGCAUCAAGUAGCGAAUGUCCCCUUUCAAAUCAUCUGUGUUCUCCUCACAAUGGAUACCCGAUCAUCGCUGGCCAUGCUUCCCGAGGCAAUGCGGACUCUGAGUUCGGUGGCCUCUGCCUACGACACGGCAGUUUUGGCAGAAGCUUACAGCACAGCAUGUUUACUGGUUCUAUUGCAUCAAAAACGCAGGAAAGACGAUAUCGCGACGUUAGGAGAAGCGCUCAAUGUUCAUCAACAGGGGAGACCGGAGUCUCCACUGCAGUUCAGCCCCAAUUCUGAGGAGUUUUCAUGGCUAGGGGCGCUUGUCGCUGAUCUGCCUGGAUUGCAACGCGGUGACCUUGAUCAAUUUUUGAAUUCAGAUAUGAUGGAUCCGUCGUCAAUUUUGGGCGAUUCCAUCUAG